AAGCAGAAAAUAGAUGCACACUUCCUAAAAAUCAGCCCCGAGCUAGCGCCCGGCCUCCGGGCCUCAAGGCUGACACAAGGAGACACCGGGGUAGUUCCGGUACCAUUUCUGGGGAGCAGAAGCUGCCAUGGAAGAGCCUGCAGCUCCCACAGAACCCUACGAGGCAGCUGGGACAUUUGGGGACAUCGAGGCAGCCGGGGAGAUCAAGCCUUGGCCCACCCUUCCGGUGCCUCCCACCUCCCGGUGGUCUCCGGCUCCAGGCCCAGCCCCCUUCCGUCCGUCACGUGUGAGGCCCGCCCAGGAGUCAGGGGGAGGGGCUGGGCCCAGAUGGCUGCCGGGCCGGAGCAGUGGCAGCUGGACAAAGGAAGUGGUCUGCAGGUAUUAUCUGCAUGCUCAGUGCAAGGAGGGGGAGAACUGUCGAUACUCCCAUGACCUCUCAGGGCGGCAGGUGGCCAGGGAGGGCCCCGGUUCACCACCCCCAGCCUCCACAGACAGUGGCCCCAGCGCGGCUGCGCACGCCGAGGCCCUGCCUCAGGAAGUGGCGGAAGCCCCCCCGGCUGUGUCCUCACGCUCUUUUCCUCUGAUUGGCUCUGCUGAGAGGGUUUUCUUUGAAGCCGAGACUGAAUAUGCAGGCCUUGAAGCUGCGGGAGGAGCAGGUGCGGAAGGCUGGGAGCAUGCCAUUGAGUUUGUUCCCGGGCAACCGUACCAAGGCCGCAUGGCCCCUCCUAUCUACGUGGCUCCUCCACAGGGCUUGCUGACUGUGAGGGAGCAGUUUGCCUUGGGCCAGAGGCAGCAGCUUUGCCGCGAUGCUAUCAUGGGGCAAUGCUUUCGUGGGCCAAGCUGUAUGUAUCUUCAUGGAGAUAUGUGCGAUUUGUGUGGGCUGAAGGUCUUGCACCCCUUUGAUGGUGCUCAGAGGGCAGACCAUAGAAGGGCCUGCAUGGAAGCACAUGAGCAGAAUAUGGAGCUCUCGUUUGCCGUGCAGCGCAGUGCGGACAAAGUGUGUGGCAUCUGCAUGGAGGUGGUCUAUGAGAAAGCCAACCGGAAUGAUUGCCGCUUUGGCAUCCUCUCCAGCUGCAACCACACCUACUGCCUUAAGUGUAUCCGCAGGUGGAGGAGUGCCAGACAGUUUGGGACCUGGGUCGUCAAGUCCUGCCCCCAGUGCAGAGUCAUCUCCACCUUUGUCAUUCCCAGUGAAUUCUGGGUGGAGGAGGAGGAAGAGAAGCAGAGACUUAUUCAGCAGUACCUGGAGGCAAUGAGCCACAAGCCCUGCAGGUAUUUUGUAAGAGGCAGGUUCUGCCCAUUUGAAGAGAACUGUUUUUACAAACAUGCCUUCCCUGAGGGCCAGGGAGAGGAGCCCCAGAGGCAGGGUGCUGGGGCACCCGGUCCUUGGCGUGGUCAACUUUUGGAGCCUCCGCAGGUGGGAGAGGGCGACAUGCCCUUUAAAAGCUGUAAAAAAGAGCUUGUCAUGCUUUGGCUGGCCAAUCUGUUGUGUCAGUGUUUUCUUUCAUGGGGAGCUAAUGAGCUCCCCUGCUCAGAGACCCAGUGGGACUUGCUUCAUUGUGAGCUGGAAGAAUAUUUCAAUUUGAAUCUGUGGCAUUCUGUGGCAUGUUGUAUGGUGUGCUGAGGCUCUGUCAUCUGCUCUUGCCUGUGUUGUGUUUAUAGACACAUCUGUCACUUACAGAAGCUGCUGAAACCAUUUGUUUAGAGCAUCCAUCUCUGUUUUCUUGCCCAUUCCCAUUUCUUUGCCCCUAGGGUUAUGGUGUUUCACUGUGCUAAAAAGUCACAAAACAUCCUUAAAGUUAUUGUUUGGUGAAAUUAAUAUGACUGUCAGUUUAUGGUUUAUUUUGUCAUCUCUGUUUUCAACAGGAUUGACUCAGUUCUAGUCUAGUGUUUACAGAAUGUCCACACUCAUUUUGAAGCCCCUCAAGAAUAAAUGUGACAGGGUGAAGGGAGAAGUCUUAACUGAACAAGGAGCUUUUUGCUACUUCAGCCUUAAGAAAUCGACCCUGGAGGGGCCUUGUGGUGCAACUGCUUAUCUCUGUUGUUUACACAUUUGUUGCUUCUCAUCCCUUUCAAGUGCACUCUUUAACUUGUGGUUACCUUGUGGUUUUGUGUUUUACUUGACCAGAACCAAGUGCAUAUGUUUACAUGUUUUUAUCCUGUUUAGCUUGAUGUGAAAUUAUUUAUAUUUGGAAGUAAUAUUUAAGAAUUAUAUAUAUGCAUAUUAAUGUGUGUGAAAGCGAUAUAUUUGAGGAUAAAUAUAAAAGAUAUACACCAUUUUAUUAUGUUUAUGUAGUACAUACAGAGCUAGAAGCUGAAAGUUAAAGGCUGAUAAGAUUUGAUGUUGGGUGAAUGUGAGGUGUGUGAAUAAUUCUGUCCUUUUCACAGGCUUCUGUGAUUAGCAUCUAAUGAAAGCAGCUAUUUCAGUGUCUCUAGCCAAUUGUGAUCAUAAAGAAUUUACAAAAUACCAACAUUGGUAAUUCCUGUGAUGGAAUUAAUAGCUUACCCUGCUGUUACCAAUAUAGAAAUGUGAGUUCCUGUGCAGUUUAGACACCAUCUCAUUAUUCUUUAUAACAGCACAAUCCUGGACUCAGAUACACAUUCUUUGUAUUCAGUAUUUUGUGUGAUCUCUAGAUAUUCCAAAGAAGGGGCUUGUGACAAAAGUUUGCAACAUAAAAGCGACAAGAUUGUAAAAGAUAAAGUAGACUAAUAAGCAUAUUGAAAUCAGUCAGAAUGCAAGCAUGGAAAGAUAAAAAAAUACAGAAAAGUAACAAAAGCUAAGUAUGAUAGUAAUUUGGAAAGUUUUUAACACAGAUAUGCCAUAAUUAUAUAAAAUGGAAAUCAUUUAAAAACUAAAACUCAGAGAUUAGCAGACAUGAUUAAAACUAAAAUGAAACUAUAUGCUGUUUAAAAUUCAUACCUAUGAUAUAAGAAUACAGAAACAGUAAAGGAAGAAAAUCAGAGGUGCUGUGACUUUUGGUCAUAGACAAAGGAAUUCACAUUAAGGAUAAACACAUUGCUGGAGAUAAAGACAAUAUAUAAACAUUAAAUUAUAGUUUAUAUAAUGACAAAACUAUUCCAAUUUUGUGUUGAGUGCCCUACCAUUGAAUGUACAAAUAAAUAAUUGAUAAGGAAAAAAACAACAAAAUCUUGGUAGCCAAUUUUAAUACCUCUUCUUAGUAACUGAACAAGCAAAGAAAGAAAGAAUGUGAGUUGAAUAGCACACUUUUAACAAUUUACCUAAUUGUCCUGUAUAAAAUGCUGAAUGCACCAGCUGCAGAAUGGUCUUCUUAUGGCUAAGAAAGCUGAAAAUAAACUGGGGGCCUGAGUCACAGGAGAUAUGGAAUUCUCUGACUUUCCAACAAAGACAGGGCACAUUUACAGAGUUUAUACUCUUGAAAGCACUAAUUUAAUUCUCAGAACUACCUUAUGAGGUAUUUUCUGUAGUUUUUAUCACCAUCAUGGUGAGAGAAAUAAGAUAAAUAAGGGUCAUAUAGCUAUGACCCAUAGGUAUAAAUUAGUGGAACAGCAGGAACUUAGGUAGUAUAUUCCCAGAGCAUAGGCACCAGGCUGCCUCCCUCCUCACAUAUAUGACCAAGAGCAGGUGGACCCACUGAAGACAGCUGUUGGAGACACAUGUGCAAUCUCCAAGUGUGGGUGUUUCAGCUGGUAGGUCAGAAAUGGGCAUAGAUGAGCUGUGGACUGCAGGAGCCUUGGGACUUCACCUGUGGGCUGCUAGACUCAGUAUUUCUUGGCCCACUGUGCAGUGUGCCUCAACUUCCCAUGCUUGUACCCUAUCGCUCCCUUUUUGCAUAAUUCCUAAUUAUGGGAAUUAUGGGUAAGCAUCACAACCUGUUGCACUGAGGUCUUUGCCAUGUUCCUUACCUCUUGAUUCCUGUUAUCAAUAUAAUUCCCCAAUCAAGAGGCCCUGGGUGCCUGGCUAUUAUUGGCAUAUAGGGUGAGUGGUUACAGAUGAAAUUCAAACAUAUUUCUACCCUCAGGCUGCCCCAGUCAUACAGGGGAAAUGGGGAUUAGAUGACCAAACAACCAGAAAAAAGGAGCAGAGGCAGCAUUCUCCAGGACCAUACUGACACCAGUGGCUCAAGACACAAGCUGUGGAGUUCCCUGGUGUCCUGACAUGUAAGGAUCUAGCAUUGUCACUUCUGUGCCUCAGGUCACUGCUGUGGCACAGUUUCGAUCCCUGGAUGUGGAACUUUUGCAUGACACAGGUGCACAAAAAAAUCCAAAAAAAAAAAAAAACCCACAAGGUCUUGAGUAGGGGCAAUGCUGUCGGGGGGGGGGGGGCUUUUUUUUUUUUCUUUCUUUUUUGGCUGCCCUCAUGGCAUAUGGAAGUUCCUGCACCAAGGAUCAAAUCUGGGCCAGAGCUGCAACCUACCCCACAGCUGCAGCAAUGCCAGAUCUUUAAACCACUGCACUGGGCUGGGGAUCGAACCCAUGACUCUACAGAGUGGACCUGGAUCAUUAACCCACUGUGGAACAGCGGGAAAUCCCAGAAGGUCAUUUUAAGUGGAGCAUUGAAUGCUUUGAGAAGUUUGUCCUAAUAUACACUAGUUAAGGUGAAAUAUCACAUUUUUAUUCAAAUGACUUUUUGUUUUUUUAAUGGCUGCAUCUGUGACAUAGGGAAAUUCCCCAGCCAGAGAUCGAAUCCGAGCUGCAGCUUCAGCAGUGUCGGAUCCUUUAACCCACUAUACUGGCCGGGAAUCAAACCCAUGCCCAUUCGGACUCUUAACCCACUGUGCCCCAGUGGGAAUGCCUCAAAUAGUAUCUUGAACCAAAUAAACAUAAUAAAGUUCAGGAGACAGAGUGGGACAAGGGUCAGUAGAAUAUUAAAUAGUUUGACCUUCAGACAAAGGAUAACUAAAAUCCUAGCCAGCUGCGCAGUCUGGAGCAAGCUCCUUAAAUGUCCUACACCUCAGUUUCUUUAUAUGAUAAAUGGGUAUAACACUACCUAUCUUGCAGGGGUGUUGUACAGAUCAAAUAUAGUCUGGACAAAGCUUGAAACAUAGGUGAUGUUUUUUAAAUGACACGUAUAAAAGUGGGAUUUAUGUAGUUGUGAACCUGAGAAAAGCUUGCACAAGAAUUAAAACCACCAAGUUUUUCUCUUUGGAUAUCUUUGGAACUUACGGUAAGGCAGCAUUAUUAUUUUAUGAUUAUUUUCCUAGGAAGAGGGAAUAUUAUCUUUAUAUUCAUAAUUUCAAAAAGACCAAGUAAUUUUUUCAGCAAAAGUCAUUCAGUUAAAAUUAAAAAUGUGCUACUCAACUCCUGAAGAUGUAGCAAAUAACAGAAAAACUGCAUUGUUUGUAACAGAUGCAUAUAUGAGGUAAAUAAUAAAUAAAAUGGUGUUUUAAAAAAUAGAAUUCCCUGUUCCCUCAUCAGCUCAUUCAGAAAGAGGUCAGCUAACAGAGAUGUCGCCACCACCAAGCUGGGUUAAGUGUUCCGAGGGCCUCCUAAGAAGGACAGCUGGGCUACUCCUGCUGCAGUUAGGAACAAAGGAGCCCUUGCCUUACAAAGGCUUGCGCUGUAGUGAUUCAGUGUAUGUGCGCUGGCCCUCCUGCCCGUGCAGAGCAGUGCAUUGUCAUUCUAACCACACAAAGAGCCUGGAUGAAGCGAGUCCAAUUUUCUUAUCCUUCAUGUGUCUAAAUUUAAUGGAUGUAAUGACUUACAAAUAUGCUAAAAGUUUACCUAGUACUCCUUCACUAAAUCUAUUUACUGGACAUUAGUGACUUAAAGGAAAAUAUUUCCAGUUCAUAAUUGAUGCCAAUGUCGUGCUCCAUUUUUCACUUUUGUAAACAUCUCGAGGGUGUAGUUUCAGUUUCCAGAACAGAUGCUAAACUGCAACCUAAGUGUGGAAUGAAACGAGGGUGGGGGUGGGAAAAGGGAUAAUUGGAAAAUAACCCGGCAUUAGUGCAAAGAAAUUAAUGUCAGAAUUUUUGCCACAAGAAUAUAUAGCAUGUCACAUUUUCCAGUGUUGAUCAAUAAGAAAAAAAUAAUUGGCUAUGUAUUAGACCACAAUGAAACUGUCCGUUAAGGUGAGAAACUAGUAGUGCAGGCAGCAUUCUCUGAUGUGAAUCCAAGAAAAUAAGCCAAUACCACAUGAAAAUUCUCUUAAAUAUCUCUCUCAAUAAUUUGAUGAAAGUGAAAUCAAAAUCAUUUAGCAAGAUAGAAUAAGACAGUGAAAAUUUAUACAUACCCAAAUCUGUAGGAUAGUGUGUAUUUGUGCUCAGAAUAAAACUAAUCUGUAAUACUAGUAUACAGUAUCUAGAAAGAAAUUACUUAUCCAAAUCUGCAAAUUUAAAAAAAAAAUAAAUUCAGACAUGCACACACAGACAUUCUGGUAAGCAGAAAGAAUUAGAUUAAAACAAAAUGGCUCCUAAAGUGGAAAUACAAAAAGCUGAUACUUUGAAAAAAAUAAAGAUAAACCAUUAACUCAGUCAAAAAUAAAGGAGGAGGUGCCAAUUAAAAUAGGAAACAUUGAAUAGGAAUUAAUCAGAAGACACCAAAGAAGUGGGAAAUAAAUUCUUGUUACCCCGAAGCAAGUGCAUGAAAAUAUGAUAGGAAUUAAAAUUUUUCAACCAAAUUUUCCAAACAAUCUAGAAGACAGAGUAAAUCAAACCAAACCAACUACUGAUGAAAAAUUGAGUAAAGUUGUUAUGAAUGUAAUUAUGCUCCUGACAACCCCCCCAAAAAAGAAGAGCAGAAGACUGGCCCCAGAAAUUUAAUAAAACCUUAAAAUAGAUGCAGUGCUUUAUAAACUGUUCCAGAGAGCAGAAUAUAGGUGUUUGAAUGACACUUAGCUUUGGUAUCAGAAUGUUUCCAAUAUAGCAUGAUAUGAAGAUAACUAGAACUCAGUCUAAAUUAUGAAUAUUGAUGCAAAAAAACUCAAAUGAAAUACACAUAAACAAAAAUUGCAGACUAAAAGAAGAAUACUUCAAGAAAGAGUAGGUUAUAUUCUACAUAAAAAGUACAGUAGAGUAUGGGAAAAUAUUUUAUCUUAAUAUAUCAGAAGAAAUAGUGAUAUGAGCAUCUUCAUACAUAUGAAAAAACUGAAUUCAUGAUCAGCAUAUUUUUAUGUAAAUGCAGAUAUGUAAGGUGUGUUAUCUAUAAGUGUAUAUACAUGUUUACAGUGUACAUCUUUAAUUUUUAAUACAUAGUCACAAAAUUACUAAAGAAAUCAAAGAGAUGAAAACCAAAAUAGAAAACUAAAACAUUAAAUAUCAAGACUGAUUUUUAAAAAACAAUUUAUAAAAUAGACAAACCAUUAUCUAACUUAAGAAAAUGAGGAAAAAAUAGAAACAAGAUGCACAUAUACAAUUGCAUACACACUUGCCUCAUAGGAAUGUACCAUAAAGAGAGAGUCAAUAAACGUGAGAAAGAACAUAACUAAUCAGAUUCCAAUUAAUCACAAAACUUAAAUUGGUAAUUUUCUAGGCACACAUAAUUACUUAAACAUUGGCUACAAAACACAUCAUAACCUACCACUUAAUAAAAGUAAAUAAUUUCACAGUAUUCAGUUUCACCUAAAAAUAGGGGUUUUCAUAAAACCUUUAGAGAACAAAUAAUUUUGAUGCCAUUUUUACACAAUUUGGAAAUUACUACUGAAUGUAAAAUGAAAAGAAGGACCGAAGUACCACAUAUGUGGUUUCAUUUAGUUUUGUUCUCUUUUUUUCAGCUUUACUGAGAUAUAAUUCACAAAUAAAAUUGUGUAUGUUGUAAAAUGUAAUGAUUUGGAUAUAUGUAUAUAUUGCAAAAAUGAUUGCCGCAAUGUUUAGUCAACAUCAUCACCUCACAUAGUUAAAAUCCUAUGUGUGGUGAGAACUUUUAAAAUCUACCGCUUUCAAUUAUGCGACACAGUAUUGUUAACUCUAGUCACCAAGCUGUCCAUUAUAUCCGCAGAACUUAUAUAUAACUGGAAAUGUGUACCCUUUGGCCACCUUCAACAUUUCCUCUACCUUUCACUUCCCUAUCCUGGAAGCCACCAAUCUGCUGUCUGUUUUGAUGAGUUUGGUGUGGUGUUUGUUUGUUUGUUUGUUUGUUUAGAGUCCACCUGUGAAUGAGAUCACAAAGUAUUUGUCUUUAUUUCACAAGAGCAAAAUGCCUCAAGGAUCUCCAUGUUGUUGUAUAUGGCAGGAUUUCCUUUUUUAUGGCUGAAUAAUAUUCCAUUGUGUGAUACAUAAUUUAUACCAAAGUAUAAUCAUAGUAUUGUGAUUUACACAUGGAUGAUUAAAUGAUUUAUUGAAAUCUGGUUUAUUGAUGAAAAUUAUUUUCAUAAUAUGAAAUAUUAUUUAUUAUGAAACAUACAAAAAUGUAAAAAAUUAGUAAAAAUAAGAAUAAAAUUAUUUCUGCAUCUUUAUUCUUUUAAUAAAUCAAAGUAAUCAUAUAAUUAUAUCCUUUGAUCAGGCAAAAACAAGUAGAUCCUCUCUCUUCACUGCCAGUUAACAUUAUUUUGAUAAUGCAACAAAUGAGUCAUAUAAAAAUUUCAAAGAAGAUGUUAACUCAUCUCUCUGAGAUGAUAUACUAUUGCAUGUUGAAAAUCCAAAACUAUCUGGAAAAUUUCAAAAAAGCUCCAUAAGGUGCUAAGAAAAAUUGAUAAAAAUUUCAGAUAUUAAAAGCAAGAGUUUAAUGAAGACUUUUUUUUAUGGAAACUAUAGUUUAAAUUGUAUAGAAAUAAACAAAAAUCUGAAAAAGCUACAAAAAAAACCCACUUUAACAAGAUACAGCAAUUUUUUUAAAGGAUACUUGAAGAAGUGAAAAUGUAUACUAUGGACUUUGACAGGGAAAGUCAACAUCAUCAAUGUGCUGGUUCUUAAAAUUCAUUUAUGUACUUGACAAAAUCCUAAUAAAACACUCCUUUGGACUGAA